UGUUUUUUAAAUAAACGGAUGACUUUAGUCAGGCAGGAAAUAGCAAAUGAUGCCGAAGUGACAAAAUUCAAUUCUAAAUCUCAUUUCUUCAUCUGAAAUGUUAAGUGUAGUUCUGGCCAUCGCAGGGUCGUUUAGUCCGAAGAUAAAGAGAAACAGACGAGCUUUAUUUUGAAAUGGUGGAACACUCGUCCUCGGAAGUACAACGUUUAGUGUCGUCAGAAAACAGAGACGCAUGUGGUUCGGCUUUAAUGAUAAAACAUUGCAACGUGUGUUUUUCGAAAGUGUUUUUUAGCUGCUGUCAAGCUUCCCAGUAACACAUUUUUUGUUUCUCUCUCUCUCAAGCUGGCGAAGGAACCAGAAGCCCACCUUUAAUAAUGUCACAGGCCACUAAACGCAAACAUGUCGUCAAGGAGGUUCUUGGAGAUUUUGUCAUGCCCACAGAGAACCAGCAGAUUGUAAAGGUCACUGGUAGCCGUGGUAACAACCUCCAUGAAGCUGUCACGGCCCAGGGUGAGACUUUCCUAGUGAGCAUGCCCACCAAGUUCCGCAAGAACAUCUGGAUCAAGAGAGGUGAUUAUGUGAUUGUGGAUCCCAUUGAAGAAGGAGAGAAGGUGAAGGCUGAGAUCAGCUUCAUUCUGUACAAAGAUCACAUUCAGAACCUGCAAAAACAACAGCAGUGGCCAGAGGGUUUCAUGGAGGAGCCGUCAGAGCAGGACAAGAUAAGCAAACAUCAGGAAAAGGAAGAGGGGGAGGAGGAGAAAGAUGAGGAAGAGGAUGUCAGUGACUCUGAAGAUGAUGAGAGUGACCUCUUUGUAAACACCAACCGCUGUAACUACCAGUACAGCGAGAGUGAGGAGGAGGAGGACAGUGAGGAGCAGGAUCAUGUCAAAGACGAAAGGACAGGAAAUGGCUCCUAGUGGCAGAGCUGAAUACGUGGACAGUCGUGAGUCUGAGCUGUGGAGAUCAUGAAAUCUGACUGGUGCUCCUCAUACAACAGCUCCCUCUGCAGUUCUUGUAUGACAGGCUUUUGAAGACAUUAAGUGGCUGGGCUGAAUGAAUGGACUUCAGGUUAAUAGAGCAAAAAUAAGUCUUGUCUCCAAAAAAUCAGUAAUGUUGAAAUCAACUAUGAAACUAGUGAUUUACAAUGCUUGAAAUUCUGUAAUACAUAUUUCUGAUGUAUUUUUCAGUGUCUUUCUGAAAAUGUAUCACUAGAGCAUGUUUAUAAACUGAUCUUCAGUGCAGCCAGUCCUACAUUACAUUAGGGUAAACUGUAUAUGCAGAUAAUAACAUACAUUUGCAGGGAAAGGUUAAUGUAAACUCUUAUAUCCACUCAUUCUCCUUCAUAGGACAAAAUAAAUCUGUCAAAAAUUUACAGUAUUGCAUAAUAAUACUAAACCCACAUCUGUCAUGUUUGAUUUCAGUUGUAAUGACAGUUAGAGGGGUUAGGGUGUGGCUAGGAUCUUCAGCACCUUGAGAGACGCCAAGAUCGAAAAGUGGCCAAAGGUAUGUCAACUGCUGCUCAGCGGCGUAUGCUCAUCCCCAGACUGGUAUACUGAUCCUUGUAGUGGUAUGCUGCUGUUAAUGUGCUGAUAUUCCACCAACACAUGACAGUAUGUUCCGCUUUAGACUGUUAUGCCAUUGACAGAAUGUUGGAUGGGCACUGUUGACCAACUGAUAGCAGAAACUUUGAGUCAACCAACCAACCAAACAAUACUUACUGACAAAUUUAAUUUAUUAGAUUAGGGAAACAAAAUAAUGUCAUACUUCAUAUAAACAUUGUGGGACAGUAACCAUCGUGGCAUACUAUGCAUCACGUUGACUAUACUUGGAAUGACUGGAAUAAGCUGCUAAUAAACAAAAAAGAUGACUGGCAUA